CUGACCACCAGCUUGUAUGUCUAUCAUAAUAAUAAUGUUUUUCUUGCCUUUGUAACCCUGCCUUGGAAAUUUCUGUGUUUGCUUAUAUGCUUUUCCAUGUUAAGGUGGAGAAAAUGAUGGCCCUUGGGUACUUUCCCCUCCUGCUAUGGGGAAAGUACAGACUGCAAAAUAAAAAGUGGGUGGCCCAGUUCCAGUGCCCAUUUGAGCUGCCAGUGGUAGUGGAUGCGGUCCUGGAGAAGAUAGUGUGGCUAUUUGAAGGUUUAUUAGAAGCAUGUGAUCCUGAAAGAGUGGAGUUGGGGCAGCAAGAGAGGACAGGAGAAGAUGUGGCAGAAAGAGAAAUGGAUGACAAAGACCAGAGAAGGCCAGGGGAGCUGCGUGAAAAAGGACAGACUGAGAGGAGGGACAUGCAGGAGAUGGAGAUAGAGGCCCAGGAAGACAGAGGAGAGAGUGAGAGAGUGGAGAGAGGAGAGAUGGAGGGACAGAAAGACUUAAAAGAGCUGGGACUGAUGGACACAGAAGAGAUGGAGGCAGACGAGAAGAGAGAACAGACAGAGGAAGUGGGAAAAAAAGAGAUUGAGGCGAAGAAGAAAGUAGUAGCAGCAAACAGGCGAUGUGAAGGACCAGAAGAUGCCGAAGAUUCUGAAGAUAAAACUUCAGGUCCUUCCUCACCCAGAUCGCCUACGGCCUCUUUGACAGCGAUGAGCCCUUUCAAUUCAAUGCCCCUUUCACAGUCUGCUUCUAGCCCCUCGGACAGCAUGCCAGUGAUUUCAAAGGUCAUGUCAAUCUCCACUCCUAAAAGAACAAAGAGAAGUCCAGGUUUAUCCCAGAGCCAAACUGUAAAAAGAGCAAGAACAUUACAUGACUACUGUAGCAACACACCAGGUAGUCCAUCAACAUCUGCAGCUACAUCAGAUUUCAUAACCUCACCUUUGGCGGCAGACAAUGAUGGCAAUAAAGUUGAUGAAAACAGUGUAGAGAGCAGUGACUACGACAACAAUGUUGUUAUUUAUGAGACCCACAGCACGUCAAGACCCAAACCCUUUGACCUUUCUAAGGUGAAGAUGGAAGAAAAGACCAGCGAUGAUGCACCAGGAUUAUAUAUUGAGUCCAAUGAUCAUGGUUCCAUAAAAACUGAAACUGAAAACACCAGAAAGGAAAGGAUGCAAGCAUCGACUUUCAAUGACCAAACAAGCAUAAAAACCCAAACAGAACGUUUGAUUGUAAAGGUGGAGAAAUACGAGCAGAUAAGAAAGGAAGAAGUUGAGAUCAAGAAGGAGGAGAUUGAGAGUGAUGUGAGAAGGAUGGAACAGAGCACUAAUGAGGUGGAACGUAGGAUAAGAAACAAUACAGAAAUAAUCAAAGGCCCCAUGGAAGUUGAGAGAUGUAGUAGCAUAGAAGUUUCCAGACUAAAUCUUGAAAAACUAGAGGAGAUACCUAGGGAGAAUAAGAUGAAUGAAAAUUCAAAUGUAGAAAACCAGGAAGGAAUGACAUAUAUAACACACUUUAACACUUUCUACGUACAAACCACCCACUGCAUCAAAGAGAUUAUGAAAGAGAGGGAUGAGUUAAAAAUUAAACAUGAGGUGUUGUUGCAAAUCAAAGUUGAGAAAGAAGCACAGGACAAGGUGUGUUGUGACUGGUUGAAAGCUGAGGGGGAAGAACACUCAUCAACAACAAAUGUAAAUGACGAAGUGGCUCUUCAAAUGGACUUGCUUCAAAGGGAGCUGGACAAGCGCAACAAUGAAUGCAAUGAACUGAGAAGAAAGUUGGAGAGCUUGGAGCAGGAGAACGCCUGUGAGCUGUUGCAGAAGGAAAUAGAAGAGCUGAGGAAACAAAGAGAGGAGUGGAGCAAUGCAAGAGAGCAAGAGACUCUGAAGGACAGUAACACCAGUUCAGAACAAACAUGCAGAGCAAGCACGGCUGCAAACCUUGAGAAUGGGAUCAAAAAGGAAGGAGAGAGCAGUGAAAGAUCUGUGGCGGGAGAGAACGCAGUGUCACCGGCCAAGUAA